AUGCGGCCAGUCAUUCUCUUACUAUGCUUGUUGCAAGCCGUCCAAAGCUCUGUAUUGCAGACCCGACUUCAAGCUAUGUUGACAGAGCUCGCCGCGCUCGCCGAGGUUGCGUUGAACCAGAGCGUUGCGUUGCAGAUCGGGUGGUAUGGGAGCACAGACCACUUCACAGUUGCGGCUGGGACAGUUGAUGUACAUGGCUCCCAGCGGAACGUCACGACAGAAGACACGUUCUUGUAUGGAUCAGGAACGAAGCCAUUCACUGCAGCUGCGCUUAUGCGCCUGAUCGAUCAAGGCAAGAUCAAGGCAAGCGAUCGGGCACAUAUUCACAUCGACCCAUACCUGCGCGCCAACAAUGGCACCGAGCUGAAGGAACUGUUUGGCCCUGAGGUUCACAACGCCACGGUUCUAGACCUCAUUCGGAUGUCUGCAGGCAUCCCUGAUUUCGAGGCGGGAUCUCGAGAUGCGUACAUACUACAGGAAGGAUCCAGAGUUUGGCCAGUCUACGACAACAUCAGGUACGCAGCCGCCUACCAAGAAGAAUAUGGAGGCACGUGUAAAGCAGCGGAAGACUGCGACUGUGGCCAGCUACCUCCACUCGCCAAGGCCUUCUGCGAGCCCAGGCAGGAGAAGUGCAUGAAGGUUGGGCAGUACCUUGGCUGCCUCGGCAGGCCAAACGGGUUCCCCUUGCCAGGCGGCUGGGUUUGCUGGAACAAGAUGCGCGUUGGUUUUUGCCCAACAAGGGUGAAGAGUUCUCCGCUGGUGUGUGCUCCAGGCGCGUGCAGCUUUUACAGCAGCGCCAGCUAUGAGCUCGCUGGGCUACUGAUCGCAGCUGUAGGAGUUCCGGACGGGAAGUACACGGACAUGGAUUUGGGGAAUUUUACGUUGCCAUCUCGAGACGAUUAUCCUACAUUGACUUUCCCACCAGUGACACGAACGACGCACAGCGAAGUCGCCUCGAUGAAGUUGUCUGAUCACCUUUCUGUUCCUGGGCACGCUGCUUUAUUCGGAGGCUCGGGAACAGUAGUGUUCGACCAGAACCCAACCGUGUUGGGCUGGACCUGCGGACACAUGAUCGGCGCUGCAGGCGAUGUUGCGAAAUUCUUCUUCGACCUAUUCAGCCCGAAGUCGGCACGUCGUAUCGUCAGCAAUGCAUCUCUUGCAGAAAUGACUCGUACUGCACCCUUGUCGAUGGGCUGGGGUACCCACAUUGAGUACGGCGCCGGAAUCAUGGCCGUUCCAGUGUCUAACAACGCUAGCUACUGGCCUGAGAACACUAGCCAGUGGGGAUUCUUUUUGGGCCACGGAGGCAUGACGUAUGGUUUCUCAUCCAACCAGGGCUACAUUUCCCUCGCCGAUGCUGGGUUUAGUGACUUCGAACACCGAUAUUCCAUCAUUAUCCAACUUGGCAGUUUGCAAGGUCAUGGAGAUUGCUGCAGAAGUUCUUAG